GAAUCGCACACGUACAUUAAUGCGUGUCCAUUGAUGGCAUUCAAGCUGCAAUCUGCUAUAAGCAUUUUUGUAAUGCUGUUCCUGAGAUAGGGAACUUAAGUACACCGCUUCCAAAUGCGUGGCAAAUAGUAAAUUCAAAUAUUUGAAAAAAAUUGCGGUUAAUCUAAGCUUAAAAUUUGAAGUUGAAGGAUGAGACGAAGACAAAACAGAAGCUUAUAAAAUACUGACAAGCGAACCAGCAGAAGUAAACCGAGCCAGACAAGCUGAAAUGUAAAAACCACCCAGAUAGUUUACUGGGCUUUCCUUAUUACUUUAAUCGGGCCUCGAGUCGAUAGCUAGUUGCUAGGUAAAGUGACUGCCUCUAAACUUUGUUGAUAAAGAAUUCGAUAAUGAAGCCGUCAGUUUUGCAACAUAUUUUUCUCGUGUUAGCAGACACAGAAUACGCACUUAACAUUCUCUCUUGACACAGUAGCAGUCUAUGGCUGACAGUGGGAGACGCAUCCUUCUCCUGUAGUUUAUUAACAAUAGAUUUGCAGUUAAACUUCAAGGAUAAUUUACUAUGAAUCUAGGGGACGUUUUCCAUGCAUUUGUGGAUUAAAAAAGUAUGUUCAAGUCUUACCAAUCAGAACGAGGUUUCAAUAUCCUUACACAAUCGAGCGCCUUAAGAAGUAUUUGUUCAGGCCACAGACACCGUAUUUAGCCUCCCAAAUCCAAUGGCCAAUUGUAGAUUCUAAAACAAACAUGUUAGCCCGCUUCAGUUUCAUGCUAAUGACCGACUAAUUGAACCAGUACCUUGUAGUAAUGUGUUUUUGACAAGUACACUAAAAGCUGUUUUGUUCUGUUCAUGACUUGGGCAGCAUCAUUGCAAAGGUGGCAAAUGUUUAGACAAGAAAUAUUGCCUGGUCAGCGGUGGGACGGUGCUGAAUUCACAAGCCACACAAAGAGGACGGACAGCCUACCGGUAACCUAUUAAAGUGUAGCAAAAAAAGCGACGUUAUCACUUGGGUCUGACCAGCAGGCGCUGAACAACGGUAUCUGUGACAAUCACCCAUUUGGACUAAUUGCGUUUAGUCAGACGAGUUUAUCAAGUACUUAAGACGACUGCCAUUAUGCUUCCGUGCCCCUUUUCGAUGGAACAAGUUAUUUCAGUCUGUGAAUUCCUUCAGAACAGCGGAGAGAAUGACAGGUUGGCAAGGUUUCUUUGGUCAUUGCCAAAAGACUCUGAAGAAAUCCAACAGUGCGAGACCAUCCAAGUUGCCAAGGCCGUAGUCGCUUUCCACCAAAGCAACUUCAAAGAGCUCUACUCGAUUUUGGAGAGCCAUAGGUUUUCCAAAUCGACGCACGAGAAGCUGCAGUGUUUGUGGAGAACAGCGCACUAUAUUGAAGCUGAGAGGCAGCGUGGACGCCCCCUGGGAGCUGUUGGCAAGUACCGUGUACGAAGAAAGCAUCCACUCCCGAGAACGAUCUGGGAUGGAGAAGAGACCACUUAUUGCUUCAAGGAAAAAUCCCGCAGUAUUCUUAACAAAGCCUACACCGAGAAUCCCUACCCCACCCCCAGAGAAAAGUACGAACUGGCAAAAAUGACCGACUUGACUGUGACUCAAGUCAGCAACUGGUUUAAAAACAAGAGACAAAGAGUACGUGCUGCAGAAAUGAGAAAAAGAGGAUUAGAUCAAGACUUUAACAUGAUGAAGAUCAAAGACAGCAGCAGAUCAAUGAUGCAUAGCUAUGAUGAACUACGAAACCACUUCCCUUUUCUAAUUCCACAGCAAGCAUCUAUUCCUUCUCAAUCACCAACCAUGUCAGCAGCGUGUCUUCCGGAGUACAGCGCACUGGCACAUGGUUAUACUCAGUGCCAGGCGGUGGCUUAUCCCACAUACCCAGGAUAUGUCCCUGCUGUUGUCACGGCGCACCAUCCGUAUAACGUCCCACAUCGUUCCUACUUGGUCACCUCGCCUACUAUCAAUAGCCUAUCGUACUCUAGACAGUCUGCAAACGCCUCCCCGCACACGUCUGUUGUUAAGAUGAGCUCCGAAACAAGUGCUUUUGAACCGAUCUCACAUUCUGCGUCAAUAGGGAGGUGUGGUCUUCUUGGAGAACAAACAUUACAAAAAUACUACCAGUAACCAUGGAAACACGGUUAUCAAACUCUACUGAAUCAUAAUGCUAUGGUAACUUGUCAGGUUUUUCAUCUGUUUUUUGCAAAGAAUUUCAAAAAUCGAAGAGGAAAUGAUAAACUAAAAAUAACAUAUUUGUAAUGAACAAUUUCUUUGUUUUUGACGUAAAAUGAGUUUAAAACUCCUGCAGAAAUGAUUACGUAACCAAAUGAAUUGUAUCAUCAGUUUUGAUAUCAUACUAGCUAAGUGCAUCGAUCUUCAUCAUAUAUAUAUAUACAUAUAUGUAACUAUAACUCAUAUUUUUAUAUACCAAUGUUGAAAUGAUCGGUAAGAAAAGGCUAGCUGGUAAGUAUAUGUUAUGAUAAAAGGGUAAAUUUUACCACGUGAAAAGAUGAAAAAACUUACUGACGUUUCGGACCUUAGCCCU